GACUCCAUAGCCACAAGGCCAAAGAACCCUUUGACGCUUGUCUCUCUCUCUCUCUCUAUAGCUCUCGAACUCUCUCCUUACCCUUCAUUUCUUCCUCCUCAUACCCUCAAAGCAAAUUAAGCUCCACCUUUGUUUCGACUGCAACCACUGGUUCAUGUUCCAGUAUCACCAUUUCCUUCCUCUUCUUCUUGAAGAUAUAAUUAAUUAAGUAUUCGACGUAGCCGGAUCAAGAAAGGAAAGGAAAGAAAAUCUCGAUGGGGAGACCACCUUGCUGCGACAAAGUAGGUGUGAAGAAAGGGCCAUGGACUCCCGAGGAAGACAUCAUCUUGGUCUCUUACAUUCAGGAUCACGGCCCUGGCAAUUGGCGAUCCGUUCCUACCAAUACUGGUUUGCUGAGGUGUAGCAAGAGCUGCCGGCUGCGGUGGACGAACUAUCUCCGCCCCGGGAUAAAGCGGGGGAAUUUCACCCCGCAGGAGGAGAAGAUGAUCGUCCACCUGCAAGCCCUCCUCGGCAACAGGUGGGCGGCCAUCGCCUCCUACCUCCCCCAGAGAACCGACAACGACAUCAAAAACUACUGGAACACCCAUCUCAAGAAAAAACUCCACAAGCAACAGCAACAACAACUCGUCGCCGGCGGCGGCGGCGGAGACGGAACCCUUUCUUCCCCCUCCAACUCUCCGCCGCCACCCGCGGCUUCCUCCCACAAAGGCCAGUGGGAGCGGCGGCUCCAGACCGACAUCGGCCUCGCCAAGCAGGCCCUCUGCGACGCCCUCUCCCUCGAUGAAUCCAAGCCCUUCGAUCUCCACCACCAGCCGCCGCCGUCUUCGCCGCCGGUGUCGGCGAGUACUACGAGCAACAACUCGAAUAACUACGCGUCGAGCGCGGACAACAUCGCCAGGCUGCUGCAGAACUGGAUGGUGAAGAAGCCGGCGGCGGCGGCGCGCUCCGACACCACUCAGAGCUCCGCCACCGCGGUGGCGAAUUCCAGCUCGAGCAACAACAACAAUUUCGAGUCGCUGUUCGGGUUCAACUCGUCGCCGUCGGACGGCGGGUCGCAGUCGGCGGACGAGGCGAUGGACACGGCGGCGAAUCUUUUCCAGGACGAGAGCAAGCCGCCGCCGCCGCUUUCGCUGCUGGAGAAAUGGCUAUUCGAUGAGAGUAUUCUUACUGCUACUACGGCGACUACAACAACGACUUCUUCCUCUGCCGCCGUUCACUGUGGCGCCGGCGAGGACGACCUAAUGAACAUGGCGACGCUGGACGGCGCCGUUGCAGCUUCCGGGUUGUUUUGAACUGAAGUGAGGGGGGGGGGGGGGGAAACGUAUCAUAUUUUUACUUAAUUACUUACCGUCGUCGUUAAUUCUGUACUUUGUUAUGGGGUUUAGUCUUUGUUGUGGGUAGUUCAAUUUGUAGGUCGCCUUGUUAAUCCAGUUUAAUUAGUAGUAGUAGUAGUUAAAUAAGUAAUAGCUAUUCAGCUAUUACUUAUUACCCUACUAGGCUUAAUUACUCAGUUUGGAAGAUGAAGAAGAAGAUGAAGAAGAAAGAAGUGUAAAUUAAUUAUUAAUUAUGUAUUAAGGACGGAAAUGUAUAUGUACUUCAAAUUUGGGUACCCUCUCCAAGUGUUAUUAUAUAUUAUGUAAAAUUUCCCUUUUGCC